AUGGAGUUUGGACAAAUUAUCAUAGCACAAUUUACAUCAUUAGUAUCACUUUUUAUGAUUUUUUAUUUACUAGAUACUCCUUUAAUUCGUAAAUUUUCUGAGAUAGUUUACAAAAAUACAAUUAUUAAUGUAUCAGAUGAUAAAGGUAUUUUUCUUUUUAUUUUUCUUACAUAUUUAAUUGUUAUGAUCUCCACCUUAGAAGUUAUUAGAAAUAUGAUAGGGAAGAAUUAUAGUUUAAGAGAUAAGAUUUUAUACAUACAGACAUGCAAUUAUAACAAUUCUUUCUUAUUAUUUGCUAAUUUUUUAAGUCUGUAUAUUUUUAAAAAGCUUAGUGUACGUACAUUUAAUCUACUUAUUCUAGGAAUUAUUAAUAGCUUAUUGUAUAACCUGACAUAUUUAAUGGGUUUAAAAUCGCUUAGUGGGUUAUUUUAUUGUAACUUUCUUAUAACGAACUUACUGAAUUUACUUAGCACUUUCAUCGUGCGUUUUGAUUAUUUAUUAAGUAGUAUUGUUGCGAUUUAUAAAGGAUACAAAGUAUUUAAUUAA